CACUGUUACCAGCAACACCUGCCAAACAACUGAUUUUGUAUUUACCAUCCAGUGUACACAAACUUUAAUAGAACGGUUAAAGUAUAGAGCAUUAGAAUGGCAGAUGACAUAGACGAUUUGUUGGAUGAGGUCGAGAAUAAGUUUUGCUCCAAGAAGAAAAUAUCCUCGACUUCAAAAUCAAGGAAGAAGCCUGUGGCAGAUGAUGAGUUAAAUAAAAUGAUCGAUGAUAUCUGUGAGGUUCCAACAGAAAUGGAAGACAAAUUAAUGACAAAGAGACAAGAUUCUACACAGUCUAUCCGUGAUACUGAGAGGAAAAAAUGUUAUCCUGUCUACUUGGGUGGUACUUCCUCUCAAGAUGGUAUCGCCACAAGCCUCAGUAAAAGAUCCUGCAAUGCUUUAAGAUGCACUUCUUGUGAUUUUAAAGUCUCAGUUUUCGACAAUUUGGAAUGGAGUCCAGACACAGACUAUUUAUUUCUGAGGAACAAUGCCCCAGACUUUCAAAAGCUUAAAUCUGGCUUACUCAGCAGAACAGGAAGUCGGGCCUAUUGUUGUCAGUGCUCGUGGAGAAGUGUGGAAGCCUUGAUGCCUUUACAGGAUCCACAGCUCAGAUGGGUGUGCGGAAAGCACUGACACCAGUACUAGACACUGAUGCUUUAGCAGUAAACACUGAUGCACUGACACUGAGAUUCUGGUGUUAAUCACUGACACACUUGACAUGAACACUGACACACUCAUGAGGGAGGGAGAUUCAUACUACAUAUCAUAUAAAGUAAUCAAGCGAUAAAAAUAGUGAAUUGGACCAGGUGAAAAGCUUACAAACAAGCGAUAAACUUUAGGUCACUAAUUGUAAGAUCUGACAUUGCAGUUAUAUGACUGUUGCUGGCAUAUAUUGUAGUAUAUAUUACCAAUUAUAGUAUCCUCUUCAUAGAAAAUCUCUGUUGGAGCAUCCUACUGUUGGGGGCAUCUUACUUUUGAAGCAUCACACUGUUGAGGCAUCAUUCAGGUAGAGCAUUCCCGGUGGAUCAUCCUACUGUUAGAUCACCCCACUGUUGAGGCAUCCUACAGGUGGAGCAUCUUACUGGUGGAUCAUUUUAGUGUUAGAUCACUCCACCGUUGGGGCAUCUUACUUUUAAAGCAUCACACUGUUGGGGCAUCCUACAGGUGGAGCACCACACUGUUAAGGCAUCCUACAGGUGGAGCAUCCCUGGUGGAUCAUCCUAUUGUUAGAUCACCCCACUGUUGAGGCAUCAUUCAGGUAGAGCAUUCCCGGUGGACCAUCCUACUGUUAGAUCACCCCACUGUUGGGGCAUCCUACAGGUGGAUCGUCCUUCAGGUUUAGCAUCCCUGGUGGAGCAUCCUACUGUUGGAGCAUCCUAUUGUUAGAUCACCCCACUGUUGAGGCAUACUACAGGUGGAGCAUCCUACUGGUGGAUCAUUUUAGUGUUAGAUCACUCCACCAUUGGGACAUCUUACUUUUAAAGCAUCACACUGUUGGGGCAUCCUACAGGUGGAGCACCACACUGUUAAGGCAUCCUACAGGUGGAGCAUCCCUGGUGGAUCAUCCUAUUGAUAGAUCACCCCACUGUUGAGGCAUCCUACAGGUGGAGCAUCCCCAGUGGAUCAUCCUACUGUUAGAUCACCCUACUGUUAGA